ACAGGCUUCCGGAGGCUUCGACAAACUUCUCCGCUCGCCCGGCCGCCUCUCCAGUGCUCUCCUUCCUCCUUGGCGGCAAAAGGAUACCGACCUCUUCCUCCCCCAUCCCUCGCCUCACCCUCCGCCUCGGCCUCCCGGGCCCCGAGUGCCCCGACCGCGACUGCUCUGAGGACGUCGCCGCUGCUCUCUCCCUCGGCCCCCUACCGCCCCCCCCCCCCCCGCCAAGACUACCGCCACCUCCAAGCGCGCCUACCCCGGCUCCUCCGCCCACGGUGCCGGCUCGGCGUUUGCGGGCGCCGCCACCAGGACCGGCGAGUACAAGGCGUCCCCCCGCAGCGCCGCCGCGCAAAGGUAAUUGCUGGCAGGUACCUCCGUCGGCGCGCCGGAUCCAUAUCCCAUCGGCCUCCGCUGCAGCCCUCCUUCCCCAGCUCGCACACGUCUCCCUCACUGCGGGCGAGCACAUGCGAGGUAAUGCCCCCGACAACAAGCUGCUCGAGGAGCUGAGGAAGGUGCACAACUUCUUCCUCCGCUCUCCCUUCCGUGGCGCCCUCAAGGUCAACAACGAGCUGCUCGAGAUGUACGCCAAGUGCGCCGCUAUGCCCCAUGCCCGCAGGACGUUCGACAAUAGGCCUGAACGGAACAUGGACUCAUGGCAUAUCAUGAUCGACGGCUACUCCGUGAACGGGCUUGGAGACGAGGCGUUGCGGCUGUUCAAGCUGAUGAAGGAGUGCAUGGCGCCGACCAGCCACACUUUCGUGCUCGUGCUCAAUGCUUGUGCCUCCCCAAGGUUGUCUCAGCCCUUGCUGUUGACCAUGCAGGAUCCAGAGUUCUCUCUGGUAGCUAUGACUAUACAGUGCGUAUGUAUGAUUUCCAAGGUCAUCAAACCUAAGCUAGCAAGACCAAAGCGAAUUGUGGGUGCCAUAGGAGAUGGUUCAAUACAGGUUUGAUGACACAAAUCCAGAAGCUGAAAGAAAAGAAUACAUAGACCACAUUCAGGAAAUUGUCCAUUGGAUGAGAUGGGAGCCGUACAAAGUAACAUACACGCGUGACUAUUUCCAAGCUUUGUAUGAGCAUGCUGUUCAGUUAAUACGGAAAGGGCUAGCCUAUGUAGAUCACCAGAAGACAUCAAGGAGUACAGGGAAAACAAGAUGAAUAGUCCACGGAGGCAUAGGCCAAUUGAAGAGUCAUUGGCAGCACUCCGUUGACAAGGAGUAUCAUCAUCUGCAAUAAAUUCUUUUAUUCGUGGAAUUGAGAUAAUAGCUUAAUUCGCGUUGACCGUCUACAAUAUCAAUCAGAUAAGAGCUUAACAAAACAGCUCCUCGAACCAUGGUUGUUUUGCGUCCUCUAAAGAUUUGGUGUUUAGUUUCUGUUUUAAAUCACUUUCAUCUUUUUGCAGCGCAUUAUCAUUCAUUGCACUACUUUUGCUAACUAACUCAUUGCACUAUUUAGACCAAUCAUAUUCCUACCUUAGCGACGGGCCAUACGGUGCGCCAAUGGCGCGCUAUUUUCUAGUUCUUAUCUAGUGAUCUGUAUUGCAAGUUGCAAUAUUAACUUGUGUUAGAGUAGCAAUUUUUCCACAAGUUGAUGCUUGUUCAUAUGAAUUUUUUUAUACGGUUGUUCAUAUGUACAGAACAUAUACUUGUUCAGUACUUGUGUUAGAUAGAAAUUUUUUGAUAAGGUGAUGCUUGUUCAUAUGAAUUUUUUUUCAUGUGUCAUGCCAUUAGCUGUAAUUAUUUGAGCAAUCAGACAACAUGACUGAAUGAUAUUGCUCAUCUUUUUUUUUAAACAUAAUAAAGUCAUGGUAGACCGUGAGUGGAUGUAUGCUGGUUGGUCUCGUGGGCAGGCUCCGUUUAAUGAUUGGAUUGAAAACACCAACCAAUUCUUAGAUCGUGUAUUCUCUAUGCCUAAUCUGGUUGUAGGUGGAACCAUUAGGUGUUCAUGCAGUAUGUGCUGGAACUUUGUUAUGCGUAAAAGGUUUACGAUAGAGAUAUACUUUUGUAAAUUUGGGUUUAAGGAUGACUAUGCAACAUUGACAGUACAUGGCGAGAGACUUGUUGAUAGUCAUUUUGAAGGUGGACAUGAUGAAGGAUUUGGAGAAACUAACCGCAUGGAUGAUAUGUUGGUUGAACUUAGCGGCAACCAUUCACCGCCAAUCGAUGAGGAGCCAACAGAGUGCUCGAGCCUUUUAUAGGAUGGUUGCUAGUGCUGAUCAAUCGGUCCAUGAGAACAUAACACACUCAUCUCUGUCUGCUGUAGCACGCUUGCUCGCUUUGAAAUCACAAUACAACAUGUCAAUUGCACACU